AUUUAAAUUACCAUCAACAUCAUACAUCACUCACUAUAUUAAUACUCAAACAUUAAAAUCUUAUCUGUUGGAAAUGAUUCCUUAUGUUCGGGACACACAACAGUUUACAAUUGACACGGAAACAGAUCAUCGUACUGGUGAGGGUGAGGGUGAACCAUCGCUGAUUCAAAUACAACCCGUGACUACGGUGGGCAAGGAACAAAUAAUAUUAAUUGAAACAAAACAAUUACCAUAUACGGGCACAAAGGAACACAAGUUAAUUCGCGACCUAUUGACAAACAUAUUGAACAAGAACAAACCGAUUUAUUCCUGGAGUAAUUUGUACAAGGAAUUGAAAACUUUUGACAUAUUGGGCUUAUUUGAAUACAGUGAAUUACCAGUCAUCUAUGAUGUUCAAUAUCAUUUUAAAAAAUGGUACAAUCGACAAUAUCCUCAUACACCGGAAUGUCAAAUGCAGAAGGACGAUGAAGAUAAUUUAUUAGAUGAAUAUGUUUUCUUGGGAAACAAAGUGCCCACUACACAUUUGAAUGAUAUUAAACAAGCAGAUUAUAUGAAAUGUAUUCGUAAACAUCGAAAACACAAGAAUCGGUCGUUGGACAAAAGAUAUCAAUUAUCAAAAUGGUCAUGUGGUCUUGAUAUACGAAAUUCUUCUUAUCGACAGUAUCAUGAUUUUGUACCACCAGCUGAAGUAAAAUCAGGAAUGACACAAUAUGCUAGCCAUGACUGUUUUUCUGUUACUCGACUUCAAGUGGCGAUUAAAAACAAUUGGUCAAAAUUAGAUAUUGGAGAAAAGUUUGCACACACAUGGGAAAAAUAUCUACAGUCAUAUACAGAACAAUUGAUACAAGAUGAACAGGAACAGUAUCAAGAUCUGAAUGUGGUUGACCGUGAAAAUGGGCGACCAGUUUACAUUCAUUAUCAUCCUCCGAUAAUUUUUGCACGAUAUCAGCAUUUUGAAAGAAAAGUUGCUCAGAAUCAAAUUCUACAUGGGAUGAACGAAAGAAUUUUUGAAAUUUUAUACCCCUAA